AUGAUGUUGGUCCAAGAUGAGCUCGGAGAUUUUUGCGUGCAUAUGGUGGGUCACUCAGAAUUUUGGUCGCUUGACCCGGAAGUGGAAGUGAGCGGUAGGCCUUAUCUUAUCAUUUUCCAUCCUACGCUUUGCCUUGUUGAGCCCGACUUUGCCGAUGGAAAGGGGGAUAUCGAUAUCCAUCUCAAGGUGGCUGGGAAACAAAGCGGAGAAUUUACAGGCUCUGCAUCUGGCAGUCGCUAUUCUUCCUCCAUUUUUCCAAAACAAAACAAAAGAAGAAAAAAAUGCGAUGCACCGAACAACGCAAUGCUACAGUGCAAUUUUAUAACAAGCAAUCCCAGCAGUGAGAGGAGCUGCUGUGCCUCCCUCUGCGGAUAUCACGGGAAUGACAAUGCCAUUGAUAGAAGGGCUUUGUGA